AUGAGAUCCAGAGAGCUGUCCCUGCUCCUCACCAGCUUCAGCACUCAGGAGAAUAGGCCUGUGCUUCCCCAGGGUAGCACAGUUGAACUGAUCCUGAUGGUGAAGGUCCGGGGAGCCAUUCCUGAGCUAGGGACAUUGGUUAGCAGGGCCCUAGCUGGUCACUUCAGCUCCUGCAGUACCUGCUCCACUGAAAGCAAGCCACUGAGCUGGUCUGUACCAGCCUGCAAAACUGAGACUUUCCAGGAGAACCUCAGGCCACAGGCAAGAGAAGCGGGAGGGGCGGAGCCUGUGGCGUGCAUAGCCCCGCCCCACGUGACUAGUCCCGCCCUACCAGGCCACGCUGCGCCCUUCUGUCCUGAGGGUCCAAUAAGCCGCGCCCCUUCAGGCCCCGCCCCGCCCCGCAUCCUGGCUGCGAGUGUCGCUAGUCGGGUCUUGGCAACUUCUGCUCGCACGCUCUACCGGCCUUCCGGUCUGGAUACCCGCCACUGCUCUUCAAUGGCUCAGCACUUCUCCCUGGCCGCCUGCGACGUGGUCGGCUUCGAUCUCGACCACACGCUGUGCCGCUACAACCUGUCCGAGAGCGCCGCGCUCAUUUAUAACAGCUUUGCUCAGUUCUUAGUCAAGGAGAAAGGAUAUGAUGAGGAGUUGCUCACUCUGACCCCAGAGGACUGGGAUUUCUGUUGCAAGGGUUUGGCACUGGAUCUGGAAGACGGGACCUUCAUUAAGCUUGCGGCUGAUGGCACUGUGCUCAGGGCAAGCCACGGCACCAAGAUGAUGACUCCAGAGGCACUGACUGAGGCUUAUAGCAACAAGGAGUGGAGGCACUGUCUAUCCGACAAACGCAGUGUGUCGGUCUCUGACACUCCUUGCUGUUCAGGAAAGUGUUAUUUCUAUGAUAACUACUUUGACCUGCCAGGGGCUCUUCUGUGCGCCAAGGUGGUGGACUCUUUAACAAAGCAGAACAGAGGUCAAAAAACAUUUGAUUUUUGGAAGGAUGUAGUUGCUGGUAUACAACACAAUUUUAAAAUGUCAGCCUUUAAGGAGAACCUGGGGAACGCCAUGGAGAAGCGUUGUGACUUGACAGAUCUCUGUAUUGGAGCUCACUGGCUCAGCGAGGCCAUUCACAGGGAUGCAGCACUGCACUGGGACCUUCUGCAGGUGUGAGAUCCAGAUUCAGGUCCUCCCGCUUGUGUGAGCAGCGCUUUACUGCCUGCUUCGUCUCCUAAGCUCAGCAGUUAUG